CCCAGAGCCAGCGGUCGCCAUUAUUCUCCGUGGCUUGACUGACGACACCUAGGCCGAUAAGUGAAAUUUAAGUGAUAUUUCGAGUUAAACUGCAAUAUUCAACCAACAUUUGUGCAGUCUGCUCAGUAUCUGCGGAUUCCGCCGAGGAUGCACCGGCGAUCGGACGUAGUGGGCAUCGGGCUGCCUCUGGCCUCCCUUCGCCUCAUGGCCUCCCCUCUGCAGCUGACUUACGCAUUCAUUUGGCAGGUCAUAAAGCAAAAGAAUGUGAACCAAUAUGAAAAGGUGGAGGAGUUUGUGAAUAUGGUCACUCAGACUGUCCCUGACAUCAUCAGCUACAAACAAAAGGCUCAGCUACUUUUGGGUCUCAGGGCAAAGAUUAUUUUGGAUCUGCUUAACAAAGAUGGCCAACCAGAUACAAAAGCCAUUCAAACACUAAUAAACAAGUUAAAGGUUCCCACAACAACAGGGAAGGACACAGAGGUGGAGAAGUCACAAACUAACUUCAUGGUGCUUGUUCAAAAUCUGCUUAAAAGUCCAACUGAACGAAAGCAAUUCUUUAAGGAAGUGUUUCCAGUACAGUAUGGUACAAAGUUUGACACUGCUCUACAGGCUUUGAUAGCUGGCCUGGUUUGCAAACUGGAGCAAUUUGUUCCUGUUCCUAAUCUCACCCAGCUGGGAUCCAUGAUUUCGACUGAUCCUGUCAUUCUGGAGGCCUGUGGAGGCUUCAUCCCUGACCCUGGUGACCUCAGGACUCUUCUCUUGCACCAGCAAGCAAAGGGAAUGCUGGGGGUAAAAGCAACUGUCUCAUCCUCUGUGGGCGACUGUGUGCUGACCUCGCUUGCCUUCAGGCCAAAAUCCGCAGACCCCCCUCCUCCCCCUCCUGAACCCAUCAAACCCACUGAGGACCCCCAGAUUGACAACUGCCCCGAUUCCCCCAGUGAAACAGGGGACUUGGGUGUCAUAUCAGACGAAGAUGACGAAAACUCCAACCCUACUUCAACUUCAGCUCAAGAUAACAUGCAAUACAGCAAACCACCAGGUGAGGGCAGCGUAGUGAAGGGAAAUACUGUCGGUCGCACGCCACAUGAGGAGAAAGACGAAACAGCUCAAACUCAAGAGCAGUCCCAUGUAGAGAAACCAGAUUUGCUCAAGACACCUCUUAAAUCUAUCCCAAUCAGAGUGGUCCCAGUUCUGGUCAAAGCAUCGCCCACUCCACAGACACCAGGCAGCGCAGGGGGUAAAGAUAACCAAAAACCUCAAACACAGCGGGUCACUUUACACCAAUGGGUGUCCCAAAUCGCCACCAAUACACUAUCUUUGCCUGCCCUCCCGCCGCUCCCUCCAGCACGCUAUGAUUAUGAUGACUCAAGUCCCAGCAUAAGAAGGAAAAAGCAGAUUCGCCCACCCUCAGAUAGAUAUACAUGUAGUGUAUGUGAUAAGAGCUUCCCCUAUCAAUCCAAACUAAUCGAUCAUGAGCGUAUUCAUACAGGGGAGAAGCCAUUUUUGUGCACCGCUUGUAACAAAAGUUUCCGCACCCAAGCUUUCCUAAAUAACCACCUCAAGACCCACAGUACCACGCGACCCUAUGUCUGCGGCCAGUGUGGGAAGUGCUUUUCGAAGCUGCAGAGUCUGACCAAACACAUGCUUGCCCACAGUGGUCAAAAACCAUUCUACUGUAACAUCUGUAACAAGGGCUUCACCCAAUCUACGUACUUCAAGAGACACAUGGAAUGCCACACCAGCCAGAUGACGUUUCCGUGUAAGCAAUGCAACAAAACAUUCCCAACAGCAUUCAAAUUGGCCAAUCACGAACGCUGGCACACCCGGGACCGCCCCCAUAUGUGCGAGCGAUGCGGUAAGCGUUUCCUCGUGCCCAGCCUUGUUGAAAAGGCACAUGGGAUAUCAUAUUGGGGAUCGCCAGUAUCUCUGCUCUCAAUGCGGGAAAACAUUUGUCUAUUUGUCCGAUCUUAAGAGACACCAGCAAGACCACAUCCCGAAACCGAAGAUCCCAUGUCCUGUUUGUCAAAAGAAGUUUUCAAGCAAGUACUGUUUGAGAGUCCAUCUAAGAAUCCACACUCGCGAAAGACCAUACCGCUGCACUCUUUGCGAAAAAACAUUCACACAAGUCGGCAACCUCAAAGUUCACAUUCGUCUUCAUACCAAUGAGCGUCCCUUUAGCUGCGACGUGUGCGGUAAAACGUACAAACUAGCGUCCCAUCUCAAUGUGCACAAGCGGACGCACACUUGUAAAAAGCCAUGGAACUGUGUGACCUGUGGGAAAGGGUUCUCCGUCCCUGGACUCCUGAAGAAGCACGAGCAGCUCCAUGCCAGAGAGGCCGAUCCAGAGUUCGCGGCCAAACGAAGACACAGGGGUAAGCACAAGAAGCACUCGCUCAAGAGGAAGUAUGAUGAGGAAGAUGAAGGCAGCGAUGAUUAUUGACUUUUUUAGGAUUUCGAGGAAAAAAAAAAAUCAAGCUAGUUACAAAAAUUAUGUAACAAUGUGUUCCACUAUUGUGACAUUCAAAGUAUAUAGGAGUAGAUGAAAGAUAUGUUAAGUGGUCUUUUUUUCUUCCAAUCAUGUCUGAAACUUACUUUUUUAAAUGACUUGCUUGCAGCAUUCUCAUCAAGGUGAAAUAAAUUGUUCAUGAUACUAGAAUAGAAAAUACCUUAGAUUGUCUUUUGACAUGCUAUUAAGAGUUAAUGAUGAAUUUGGUUUACUAGUUGCUAGUACUUCAUGAGCCUGGACAUUCAUCAUGAAUAAUGCAUUAAAAAAGGAGACAUUUUACCAUAAUUAAACGUGCAAGCAAAAAGGUUAUAUUACUGUUUCUUUGACAACAUGAGAAUUAGACGCUUUGCUGAAAGCAUAAAAAAACAUCACUGCAUUUCUUUUAGGUAUCUAUUUGGAGGCUUCAUGUAAAUGAUAAAGCUUUGUAAAUAAUUGCUGUAAACGUUUAAGUCAAAUGUCUUGAAAUUAUGAGACAUCACAGUAAUCCUUAAAAUUCACACUUUUACUGUAAUUGAAUUCAAAUGUUGUUUUUUCUGCAACUUAAAAAAAAGUGUAUAUACAACUUGGAUGGAUUUUCAGGUUGCUAUGGUUGUGAUUUUUGACGGAUUGCUCAUUUGAAAGAUAAAGAAGAAAAUACUUUGGUUGACAAUAUUUUGGAUUUUUCAUAGAAAUUGUAAAACAAAAACAAAUAAAAACAAACACAUUUUG